AUGACUCUGCACGGAAAGUCCUAUGUUGUCACAGGUGCCGCGUCUGGAAUAGGGCGCGCAAUUGUCCAAAAGCUUCUCGAUCUAUCAGCAACGGUCCACGCUAUUGAUAAGGCUGAUACUAUAUCCGACGACGGCAACUCCAAAGGAAGACUGCAUACCCACAACUCGGUGGACGUCAGUUCGCGUCAGGCGGUUGAGCAGGCAUUCGAAGCAAUUCUCUCCACAAGUGCGAAGUUAGACGGCCUCGUGAACUGCGCUGGCAUCGUCAGACAACACACUAGCACAGUCGAGAAUGAUGAUCUGUUCAGACAGGUUUGGGAAGUGAACUUGGGUGGAACCUGGAAUGUGAGCACGCAAUUUGCCAGAAGCUUCGACGUCAAGAGUGACGCGCAGACUUUGGCCAAGGAAUUGGGCGCAACUAUUAGCAUUGUGAACAUUGGCUCUAUGGCGUCUGUGAGAGGACUUGCUGGAAUACCUGGAUAUGUUGCCAGUAAACACGCUGUGCUCGGUCUCACCCGCGCAUGGGCACAAGAAUGGGGCCCAGUGGGCGUCAGGGUGAAUUUGAUAGCCCCUGGCAUAAUCAAGACAUCGAUGACCACGAAUAGUGGCGCGUCCGAUGAUCUUCCAGUCUUCCCGACCGCUUUGAAGCCAUUUGCUCAACCCGAGGAGAUCGCUUCAGUUGCGGCUUUUCUUCUCAGCAGCGAGUCGUCAUACAUAACCGGCCAGAUUAUCGAAGUCAACGGGGGCUGGUCUUGA